AUGAAUUCAAACACAUCAUCGUCAUCGAUGUCAUCGUCGUCGGCAGCAGAGAAUGAAGACAGACUCAUCCACGAUCUCAUCAAUCGUAUCAACAUACAGAUAAAGCUCACCAAGAAUCUAGGUGGCUACCAAACCGCCGAUCAAAUACAACAAGAACAUAUCCGAAAGUACAACGAAGACACCCUCAUCCAACUCAGCUCAAGUAAAUUAAAUAUCAUAGCAACAGGUUUAUCAGAUUCUUUAGAAAAUUUAUUAAAGAGGAAAGAUAAAGAUGAAACAAAUGAACAUAAUUCAUGGGCACAAUCAUAUAUAUUAAAUUUACUUGCUAAAUGUAUGCAACAUCAAUGGCAUCAUAUUAAAUCACAAUUUAGAAAUGUACAAGGAUUAGAUGAAAAAGAAGCAAUUAGAUUAAAAGAAAAGGAGGAACAAAUAUUACCACCACCUCUUGAAGAGGCAUUGGCAAGAGUUAUAUUGGGUCAAUCGAUGACAUGUUUGAUGCGAUCGGUCGUGUCCAACGAAGAAGAGUUGCGACGAAACUCUGGACGUGUCAUCUUUCAGUUGUCGGCCACCAACUACGAGUCUGUGUCGGGCAAGAUCACCGAGAUAUUGCACGUGGUGGUCAGCGGCAAGGAACCCGACGACCAGUUUAGCAACCAGUUCUACCUCAUCGAACACUUGAACCUCAACUCAAAGCGAUUGUCCGAGUUGUUGGACCGCGUGACACGCGCUGCCAACUCGUUCAAAAAGGAGCGCCACCAAUUUAUUCUUUCACAGGUGCUCAAGAAUGCCGUGUGGAACUGGAUCGACAACUACCCCAUGGAGUUUGUGACGCUGUGCAAGAUGUGCGAGCGUCUGCCGGGCAACCCCGACCAGCUGUUUGACAUUCUCGACGGCUGGGCCAAAAAGACGGCACACAAGAAUGCCUUUUGGCCACUACAGACAAUGCUUCUGAUCCUGUGUCCAGAUAUCAUGCUCAAGAUCUACAAGCAGGAUAAAGCAACCGACUAUAGUGCCAAGGAGCGUUUCCUCGCCGAUUUGAAAAAAUCACUCAAGGUUCCUAAAUUGGCCGACGUUGCUGCGUCUUGUUAUGUCGAUAUUUGUAAAGCGUCGACUUAUGUCUCAAAGAGCGAGUUGUCUGCACUACGUUAUAUCGUGCCAGCCAUCGAGACGGAACUCAAAGAACGUCUUUUCAACAAGGAACGUACACUCGAGACUCCCAACGACCUAGACAUGAUGAUCGAGUGUCUAGUGUCAUCGUUCAAAAUCUCACCGAGAAAGGUCACCACUCUUAUCCCCGACUGUCUCAAUCCCGACACUCCACCACACUUUAGAAUGGUGUUGGUACGCAGUUUGUUGCGUAUUGCUCGUGAAGACGCUGCCAAUACUCUGCCAUGGUCGCCAUCCAUCUCGGACGCCUAUGCACUCGUUUCAGGUCAACUCAAAACCAUGUUUGGAGACUAUCUUCAGUCGAUUCGUUCUCAUGCAGCACUCAAGAGUGCAACAGACAAAAAGUCAAAACAACAAUUUGAAAAGGUUCAGUUUGAUACUCAAGUGAUGGGGUAUUUGAUCCAACUGUUCCUUGCCGAUCCACGUCUAUCACUCUAUGCGUUAAAGACACCUGCACAAGAUCUAGAAGACAUUCGUAGUAUUAUUACUGGUUUGUGUUAUUGUUCGUCACAAUUUGCAUUGCCAGAGAUUGCCGAUGUCGCUGCCGAGACAUUACUCAAGUUCCACAAUGCCGUCUACAUUGAAGCAUGGUACGAGAAAAAGAUGAUCAAUGGGUUCUGGGAGAUUAGCUCAGCUGUCAAUAUAUCACUAGCCAACGCUCUCAUUGAUAUGAAGGAUGCAAAGUAUGAACAGAUUCAAAAGCUUGUUACAUUGCUUGAAGAGAUUCUAUUGCGUCGUAACGCAUUCCUCGAAAAGAGUAAAGAGUCGUUACGUCCUGAAGCAUCAGUUCGAGAUGUUCGUUCACAAGGUUCGACCAAAUUGGAAAUCGCACUUCUCAUUCACCUUUGUUCACCAGAACCUGAUAUUUGUAGCAAGUGUGCUACUUGUUUUGGUUUGCUCUGCGAAGAGAUUGAGAUAUUGGGAGACGACGAUGCUCAAGCCAACAACCCAAUCGCUGCCAACUAUGGUAUCUACAAGAAACUGUCGACUGCUGGUGUACUACAAACCGGUCGUCAACAUCAACAAAAGGUUAUUCGUACAUUGCUCCGUCGUAUCGAGACACCUACUACUGGUAACUUUGCCGCCUGGGAAGAGGUGUAUACACGUUGGUGUCAACUGACACCUGUACUCAUGACCACGGGUAUUGAAGACAUGGACAAGCAACGCAAGAUUACAACGAGUGGAAACAUCACCAAAACAUCAUCGCCAAUAACCGACAAGUCACCAGCAGAAAUCAAACAAGAAUGGCAUAAUACUAUGGGUUUCUUGGUCGCUCUGUCAGGUGUAACAUUAAACAAAGAAACAACUGUACGUGCAGCUCCUGAAAAGGAUAAUCGUCGUGUACUAUUGGGUGCCAAAAAGAAUGUCCAAGAACGUACCAUCAAGGUAAUCGAUUCAUUUGUCGAAGAGUUGAUGGAUUUGGUAGUGUCUGACAAUGCAUUUAUUAGAGAGACAACCAUGUCACUCUCGGGUACUGGUAUGUCUCCAUCAGUGUAUGCCGUACUAUUUAGACAUCUUCAAGGAGUCAUCAAUGGCUUCUUUGGCGAUGCCGGUCAGUUGGACGUGUCUGACCGUUCCACAUUGUUUGUCGACCAAACGAUUGGUGUCGUCAAACAUAUUCUCGAUAUCUCACAGACGGCUGAAGAUCUGGCCAUCAUCACCUCGUUUGAACCACUCACACUCUUGAUCAUCCGUUAUCUCAACCAUCUCGUUCCGUCCACCACUUCACUUCGUAUCAAAAAGAAUUUCUGUUCACUCCUCGAUGUCAUGAUGAUCAAGAGACAAUAUAUAUCUUUUUCACGUGAAACUGAAUUCCGUAAUACUCUCGUCGAAAAUAUUAUUGAAUGGACUUCAGAUUUUAAUCUUGCUACAAGAAAAUCAUCAGUAUCAAUUUCAACAGAUUCAACAAGAAUUGAUAUUCAAAAUGAUGUAAAUGCAAAGAAUGAAAUGAUGUUGAUGAAGAAAUUACCAAAGGAAGUUGAUGUAGCUUGUGUUACUACUAUUGCAUCUUUAUUACGUGGUCUAACUUUACCAACUAGUGAUGAUGAUGCUCAAGGUAAAAGUCCACCACAAUUAGCAGAUGGAGCAAUUAGAAGUUUAAGUAACAUGUUGAGUGCAAAUAUUCAUUAUGAAUAUUUUGCAACAAUGGGUUAUCAUGAAGAUCACGAGACUAGAUCAGCUUUCUUACGAGUCAUUGCCAAUAUUCUAAAUCAAGGUACUGGAUUUGAUGCAGUUGAAGAUGAAAGUGCAGACAAGUAUGAAAAGUUUGUAGAGUUGCUUUUGGAACCCGAUUACUUUUCGAUUAUUGCAUUGGGAGAGGUGACACAGAUUACUGAAGCCGAUGAGGUGGCACGUAUAUUGGUCAACUUUUGUGAACAAAAUGACAAGACCAUGCCCAUCUUGAAAAAGGUUAUUCAUCACGAAGUUUCGAGUACAGAGACUGCCAAUACAUUGUUGCGUCGUAACAGUGUUGCCACUAAAAUGUUGGCAGCCUAUACCAAAUUGAUUGGUCAACCAUACCUCAAAGUUGCAUUGUAUCCAGUCAUGAAGACACUACUAGAUAACUCUGAAUCGAUGGAAAUCGAUCCAAGUCGUGUCGGAUCGGGCGAAGAUGUCGUCGCCAAUACCAACCGUCUGUUGGAUUUAACCAAAAAGUUUAUAAAGGCAAUUCAAGACUCUGUACCUCAUCUACCACUACCAUUUAGAGAGAUUUGUAAUUAUAUCUCUAAAGUGGUCAAUGAAACAUUCCCAGGCAACGAGAAAAUGGCGAUUGGUGGUAUCAUGUUUCUUCGUUUUAUCUGUCCCGCCAUUAUCUCGCCCGAGAUAUUUGGUAUCGUCUCGGCAGGUGCUUUGAGCAAAGAGACUCGUCGUGGAUUGGUCCUCUGUACAAAGGUACUCCAGAAUUUGGCCAAUGGACAGAUGGGUGUACGUGAGAAUUACAUGGCCAACUGUAACUCGUUUGUCAAUGAGAAUAUGAAGGCUAUUGACGAUUUGUUUGAAUCGUUUACCAUCAUCUCUCCCGACUAUCCCAAUAUCAAGGCAUCUGCAGGUGCUGAAGAACAUAAAGACGACGAUGUCAUUAUGCUCCACCACCACUUUUACAAUGGACUUGAAAAGAUUGUAAAGGUGCUCGGUUCACCUGCCAUCAACCAACGUGAUGUGGCCGACCGUCUCACUCAAACCAUGCAACGUCUCGGUGCACCACCCGACCUCGAAAAGAAAAAGGCUGGUACUGGUAUCCAACGUAAUAUCGGUGGAACAGGUCAAAACAAGGCAACCAACUAUUACGAAGAUUUUAUGCGUCGUUUCCAAAGUCUCAACCUCGAACCACUCAAACAAAAGAAAAUCUUUUACAAACAAGGUGUCACCAAGGAAAAGUAUCCAGUCUUUUACUAUAUUGCAAAGAGAUAUGAGAGUUCAAUGGAUAUGGAACAUUUACUCUACCUCAUGCUCAAGACUGUACAGGACAGUAUGCAUCAACCCUAUGUCAUAGUGAUUGAUUGUACAUUGUUUGCACCAGAGCAUCAAAUCCCAUUGUCUUGGUGUACAACUUGGUUACGUCAUUUCCCAGAUGAAGCUGCCGAGCAUUUGAAAUCAAUCAUUGUCGUCAAUCCCAAUCACAACUUUAAAAAGUAUACCAAACGUGUUGGAAAGUUGGUUGGUCGUGCCACUAAAAAGAUUGUAUUACUUCAAAAUCCAGUUCGUAUCUUUGAUUAUAUUGGAGAGGCUGAAUGUGGAUUACCACAAUCUUCAUUGGCAGUCGAGACUGAUGUAAAGUCGACUUUCUCACCAGUUGUCAAGUUGUCUGGUCAGUAUCAUGAAAAGUCAGUGACACUACGUAUCACAACCGAUCUGUUGCAACUCAUCUCGAUCAAGCUUCACCCAAUUCUAGGUAAGCAGUCUUCGUUGGUCGAUCUCUACCACAUUUCUACCAUUCUAGAGGUCAACCGUACCUUUUCCGACGACGACCAAGAGUUCUUUAUAAAGUAUGAUAUGAAUGGUCCCAAAGCAAUGGUUCUAAAGUCACCACAAUGUCAACAAAUCUUGCAAGCUGUCAAUCAAAGUAAAGCACGUUGGAAAUUGAGUAAACCAGAUAGCAAGUUGGCCAAUAGAUCUUUCCGUCCUCAAGAUAUCCCAGGUACAUUGCUCAAUGUCGCUCUUCUCAAUCUCGGUAGUACCAAGAACGCAUUGCGUGUUGCCGCCUACAACAUGUUGUCUGCAUUGUGUAGAAACUCAAAUUUUUCACUCAAUUUACAGUUGCUCGAGACAAGUGGAUUGUGUAUCCCCAAGAAUAGUACACAAUUUGUAAUUCGUGUGUCUGAGAAACUCAGUCGUACCGAGACUGGCUUGACACUAGAGUUUUUGGCUGAAUGUUUGCAUGGUAUCACCAAGGCAUCUGCUGUAGCCAAGUAUCUUGUGCUCGACUAUGUGUCGCCGUGGAUUGCCAACCUCGCACUAUUCACUCAACCUAGUCCCACCCCAGAAGCUGCCGAGAAGUUGGCCAAAACCAACACUGUCAUCAACGCACUCAUCGACUUGUCAAUUCGUGAGACACAAAUGAAGUCUAUCAUCUUGUCCAAGGUUUGGGAAACAUUUGGCCGUCAAAAACCAGAUCUUGUCAACUUGGCACUCAAAUGUUGUGUUAAAAAGGCAGUUGAUUCUGGAUUUGGUUCAAACAAUUGCGAAUUGAUUGGUGAAAUGAUUGCAUCGAUGGCUGGAGAAUCACCACAACUCAUUGCAGGUAAACUCAUUAGCAAGUUGAUCCGUCUCAUUGAACGUACCAGUGAGAAUGUUGUACACUCUGAAUUGUCAGAACACAAACUUUGGCCAACCAUCAUUGUCCACCUCCGUCUACUCUUGUUAUUGUCAUUUGAUAAUCUUAUCUGUGCACAAUUGUAUCUGCCAGAAUUAUUACAUAUCAUUUGUACACUCUUUUCAAUUGGUAAUGUCAAUGUUCGUAUCACUACACAUGGACUACUUAUCAAUACUGUCCAUUCGCUCUAUACCUUCCUUGUAUCAGCCGACAACAAGUUGCAAGGUCUACCAUACCUCUUGUCCGAGAUGGGUCAACCUUCAUUCCGUCUACUAUUCGGUAUUGGUGGUAGUAAUAUAACUGCCGACUUUACAACACCCGAUCAAAACGCAAAGGAACUCGAGAAAAUGUCGAUUACCAAUGUCGACCCAGUCGUCAGCUCCAUCUUUUCCAUGCUCAACACGUGUUCGGCCAAUGGUCAGUGUUUUGGCACUGCCUGGCACAACCGUUGGUUGUCAUUCACCACCAUCUCGUCGCUCCGUCCAUGGAACCCGGCCGUACAAUCACGUUCUCUCAUCACACUAGGUAUUAUUGCACGUAGCUCAGAGUAUGUCAACGACGAACUCGUCGAAAGCAUCUUUAACGCACUCAAAUCGGUUCUCGCAACCCCCAAAUGUUUGCAAGAACAGAAUGACCUGAUUGUUGGUGUGUUGGUUUGUCUCACCAAGCUAUUCGAAUACAUCAACCCGGCAUCACGCUUUAUUACACCACUCUUUUGGGUAGCCACCACGUUGACGCAGCUGUACGAGCCUCGCGUGUUUACCGCUGCCAUUGCACUACUCGAAGUGAUGCUAAAGACAAUGGAUCGCUGGGACCAAUUCAAAGAAUCGGUUGCCAAGACCUACUUGUCGGCACGUGAGCCAUACCAAGCCAUCCUGUCCAAACUCGACAACAUCACAGGCGUAUCAUUCGAGUUUAACUUUUCGUUUGCCGUAGCUGCACACUUGCUCAAGGGUCUCAAGUACCCCAGCACCAAGACCACCACCUCUCGUCUCUUAUCGACCUAUCUAUCAAUCACUGCUAAAAAGGGAACGGGUGCGUCGGUUAUUGGGUACUUGGCAGCUCUGUUUGCCACCGAGGGCGAGGUGGCCAACGUCGACCAGAUUGCCGCGCUUACCGGCGAGGCUAAUCGCACGUCUCCAAACCAGCUGUUGUUCAACGAGCACAUGGUGCCUGAUUCAGACUCUGCUGCGCUCCUCUUCACCUUCCUCGUCACGAUUCUUGCUCACACUGACCGUGAGCACGAACAAUUGUUUAUAUACGAGGCCCUCAAGGAAGGCAUCCAGUUCCUUCCUCGCGCCUUCCCCGUCAUCUACAAAACAUUCAUUCCCAAGUUGUCGACCGUCAUCACCUCUUCUCAAAUCGAAAAAAUGAUGCAAGCCGGUCUACUCAUCAUGGAACAUAUGUUUUCCUUUUCCAUGGAGACUGCCACCAACAACAACAAACUUGGUAUCUCGCACUUGAAGAAAUUGGGUUUCCAAGGUCUUCCCGAUUGUGGUGCUGGCUUUAAUAGACAAUCUAGCCAAAUCAAUGAAUCAAUCGUUAAAACUUGUGGAGAAUUAAUUACUUGUAUUUUGACUCAUAAACAAUAA